CCUCGUAAUUUUUGUUCCCAGUCGGAGUCAUUAGAAGCACACACCCCAAGCGUGUUGUGUACGCUAGAAAUCCAUGCUGAAAUAACUGAUGGCGAUUGUUUGGAAAUGUUAAUGAAAGCCGUCCAUUAAACUAAGAAACUAUCAAACCGGAAGAGUUUUCUUCAACGGACAUAUUUAACGCGCGUCACUGACGGUUACUUUCUGAGAAGUGUUUAAAAAAAACGAGCCUCUCUUCUGACUUCACCUCGUAGCCACCAUGGGGCUGAAGCGACAGAAACAAGCCAAGAAGACAAUAAGUUUCUACAAAUACAACUUCAGCUUCAGGCAGCCUUUUCAGAUCCUCAUCGACGGGACUUUCAGUCAGGCUGCCCUGAAAAACAAGAUCCAGAUCAAGGAGCAGAUGCCCAAAUACCUGAUGGGAGAGGUGCAGCUGUGCACCACAAGCUGUGCACUGAAAGAACUGGAGACUCUGGGGAAAGAGCUGUAUGGGGCCAAAAUCAUCCUGCAGAGGUUUCAGGUGAGGAGGUGUGCACAUUUCAAGAGUCCUGUCCCCGCUUCAGAGUGCCUGCUGUCCAUGCUGGAGGAGACAAACCCACACCACUACUUCAUAGCUACACAGGAUCACACAUUAACUGCAGGCCUGAAGAAGAUCCCCGGCGUUCCUCUGCUCUACAUCAUCCAGAACACCAUCGUGCUGGACAAGCCCUGCCAGACGUCCCUCGACCACGUCCAGGCAAUCCAGCUGGGCGAGCUGGUCAGCCCGGCGCAGCAGCAGAGCAUCCGCAGCCUGAAGGAGGAGCAGGGCAUCGACCAGAAGGACGGAGAGAGGAGGGGGAGGAAGAGGAAGAGGAAACAGAGCAAUCCUAACCCUCUCAGCUGCCUGAAGAAGAAGAAGAAGGGGAAAGGCGUCCCGACACCGCCGCUGAAGAAGACGGAGGAGGGGGAGAAGAGGAAAAGAAGUCGACACAAGAAAAAACAAAACAACACACCUGCUGCUGCUGCUGUCGUGACGAAUACAUAGUGCGGCAGGAAGACAGAGACUUCAGCCAUUUUGUUUCUGGCAUAAAAAUAUUAUCUGAAGAUGUCAAAGAUGCUCAUGAUUAUGGAGGACUGAAACACACAAAAUAAAAAAUCAUUUGCAUGCUGAAGUAGAGAUGCAUAAAGAAGUGUAAAAAUAAAAUACAGUAAAAAAAGUUUUAAAUGGGAAAAUGAAAUAAUAGUAAAUACAGAAAGAAAUUAAAACACAUCUAUUUACGUCAUGUGCAUUUGAUGACAUAUUUGCCAAAUUCCUGAGUCACUUAUUUCUUUGUCUUAUAUUUUGAUUGUUUCAGUCCUCCAUACAUGAUUAAUAUAAUCUGAAAAUAUUACACUCUGCUCAUUUCCUCCUUCUCAGCUUUUCUGAUGUUUCCAGCAUAGAAGAAAUCAAUGUUUCUAACACAAAAUGCCAUUUUAAAAUACUGUUCCAAGUAUUUAUUUUAUUUUGGAAAAUUCUGCAACAGUUUCCAGGAUUCAGGAGUCACAGGCAUGAGAUUAAAACUGUUCGGAAACAAACAUUUCUUAAUUCAGAAGAUUUGUCUCACCUUUUAUACAAAAUAAAAAAGCAGGUUUACAGGCACAUAGUUUAUAAUCUAAGAUGCACUCAGACGUUACACGAUAAACCGUUUAUAUGGAAGUGCGAUUAAAAAAUGAUGCAUUCAGGCGUCUUCGCAGAUGCACGAGGAAGAAGUGUGGUCACGACGACUUGCUGGUCUGCUUGUUUUUACUAUGUUGUUGUGUGAUUUUGAUUAAGCCUGUAAUAUAUUUUUUGUACGAUGCGUUUAGAGUCCAAAAAACAACGUUUAGAACAAAUAUGUGCAUUCAGACUUCACUUGAUCAUCUCAUCAAGUCAUUCUUUAGUUUAAAAAUUGAUUGAGUUCUAAAAAAAACAAUUCAUUCUUGUUAUAUAUUACAUCAAUAAAUCAAUAUUGAACAGA